GUGACGUCACUGCAAACAUUUACAAUACACAACGAACAGAGAGCAAAGGCGAGAUCCGUUCACAUGCAGAAAUAAUCGAAAAUGCGCCAGCUUCUUCGCUGAUAGCUCUCUUUAGAUCAUAAACAUAUCAUGUCAGACUCCGAGGAUGAGACAUCGACUGAACAUCAAUUAAAAUUCGUCUUAAUAGGCGACGGAGCUGCUGGCAAAACCUCUCUUUGUAUACGAUACACACAAGAGAACUUUGAGCAGACUUAUAAACAGACCAUUGGACUGGAUUUCUUUCUGAAACGUAUAGUUCUUCCUGGAAACGUUCAUGUGACAAUACAAGUGUGGGAUAUCGGCGGGCAAACCCUUGGAGGGCAGAUGUUAGACAAAUACAUCUUUGGUGCUCACGCAAUUUUGUUGGUCUAUGAUGUUACCAAUCAAAGUAGCUUUGAUAACUUGGAAGAUUGGUAUGAAACUGCAAAAAAGGUAGCAGAGAAACAAGGAGGCAAAAUGCCACACAUGGCAUUAGUAGCAAAUAAAAUGGAUCUUGAGCACAUGAGAGUUGUGAAGCCAGACAAGCAUGGCAGAUUUGCUCAAGAAAAUAGUUUAUCAAGUCAUUUCAUAUCUGCCAAGACAGCAGAACAAGUGUCACUGUGCUUUCACAAAGUUGCUGCAGAAGUUCUCGGAAUCAGGCUCACAAAAAACGAGAUGGAGCAACAAUCAAGAGUUGUAAAAGCUGAGGUUAUCCAGUAUAGCAACCAUGAAAUGCCUACAAGAGCCACACCUAUGCAAACAAAGAGUUCCUUCUGCUCAAUACAAUAGCACUUGGCAAUCAUAGUGUACAUAGUAGACAUUAGUGAUAUAUUUUAACACCAAUUUAUAAACGAUCAUUUAAGUUUCAUAUACAAGUAUUAUGCUCAUGUAUUUUAAUGAUAGAAAAUAUUUAUAAGACAUGUUGCCCUGUCUCUCCAUGUGCAGGUUCCUCUUAUUGCUAUCAAACACACCUAAAGAUGAUCACCUGAUUACAUAUAACAGUCUACAAGUGACUUACCUUCUCAUACCCAUUGUAUAGCACCAAUCACCUCUCUUUAUGUUAGGUGUUCCCAUAAAUAUUGUCCAAAGCAGUAAUUUUAAUUAAAUUUGCCCAUUACUGUAAA